AGAGAUAUAUAGUAGUUAUAAAAGAUAAAUAAAAGAAACUUCUUGUUGCCAAAGUAGCCGGUAAACACUAUGGUUCGACCACGUCUUGACCAGCCGAAUCAGGCACAGCCUCUUGGUGACGGAAACAACAAGGCAGAUAUUCAGCCAAACAUACCAACGGGUAUACCGGUCAAUAACCAAACGCAGAACCGUUGGAGUUCCGAUCUAUUCGACUGCAUGAACGACAGUGACAACGCUUUGACAACAUUGAUAGUUCCCUGCGUCACGCUUGGACAGAUCGCUGAAAUUGUUGACGAAGGCGCGACAACUUGUGCGAUUGGUGGGUCGUUGUAUGGAGCGAUAUAUCUAACUGGGUUGUCGUCUGUGUACUCAUCCAUGUUCCGGACCAAGAUAAGAGACAAAUACGGGUUACCGGAUGCUCCAGGUCCAGAUUGGCUCACUCACUUAGUCUGUGGGCCUUGUGCUCUUUGUCAAGAGUAUCGUGAGCUCAAACACCAUGGUUUGGACCCCAAAAUUGGGUGGGCUAUGAAUGUGCAAGCACAACAACAGCAAGCGAUAAUCGCUCCUCCAACAGGUCAACAAAUGAUGGGUUGACUUAAAAAGAACGCUUGUUCUAUUUUUUUUUAUCACAACAUGAUUUAAAGAAUGUUUUUUUUUAAUUUGACUUUUUGCUACUCUUUUUUUUAAAAUAUUUGAUGGCCGAUUAAAAAUGUAAGACAGCGAGACCAUGUUGAUAUGACCUCAUGCCCACACACGAGUUGUUGCAAAACAAAUCCUAG